AUGGCACAUCUGAAGGCUUCUGGGCGCCUGAGCGCCGUAGUGACAGCAGGUUUAGUACUAAUAUUGUCGGGAAUUUUAAGGUCGAAUGGUCAAAUAAACACAGCAUGCACCACUACAGCCCUCAGCACCUUCACCCCUUGCUUCAAUUACCUCACCGAAAGUAGCGGCAAAGCUGGCGGCUCGUCGCCGACGGAGGAUUGCUGCAAUACACUCAAGUCGGCGAUGACUGAUAGCAUUGACUGCGCCUGCCUCAUCGUCACCGGAAACGUCCCCGUCUCCAUUCCGUUUGUUCGGACCUUGGCACUUGCCCUUCCUCAGAUGUGUAACGCCGGCGUGCCGGUCCAAUGCAAAGGUACGAUGAAUGUAUGA